UUAUUUUUACUGCUAUUUACCUCUUUGGUGUGAUGGCUAAUCUUGAGUUCAAGAUGUGCAUUGCUGCUGAAAGGUGUUUCCUCAUCACCUGCCCACAGCUGAACUGCAUCAGACAAGCUAAAGGUUCUUUGCUGGUCUCUGUUCUGGUCUGGAUCCUUUGUGUUAUCACUGCACCUCUUUGCAUAGUUUUGAACCAGCAUUUUCUCAUCACUAUUUUGGUCUUCAACCUCUCACCUUUGUUCAUCCUCAGUUUUGCUUGGACCCUCAGAGCUCUUUCUUCUGCCACAUCAGUGCCCACAGACGAAAAACGAAGAGUUUUAGGAACUUUAGUUGUGUUGCUGCUUAACCACUUUCUCAUGAUCUUUCCCAUGGCCGUUUGUUAUACUUUAAUAUUUAAAUAUCACAUGGGCUUUCCUGAUAGUGCUUUCAGCUUAUUUCUGCUCAGUCCUUUUAUGGACUUGGUUCUGUUUGUUUUCAUGCGUAAAGGGCCCAUUGAUAGAUUGCUGGCACGUCUGUGUUGCUGCGGUAUGGACAACACUGUAGGAGAUCUCAGUGUCACACCAACAGUGACAACACCAGUGUGAUAAU